AUGAUUAGCAACAAAUUUGUGCCAUAUCAAAAUAUUUCGGAUGGCUAUCCAAAGUCUUUCGAAGAGAUUAGAGCUUUGGGGAGACAAUACUUCCCUUUCACCUCCUAUAGCUUUGAGCUCGCCAUGUGUAUUUACGACUGGACGACGGCAUCCUUUGCGCGCAUGACCUUGUUCAAAAUCUUCCAGUACACAGACAUCUAUUCGGGAAUCGCCUCUCUUCCUCAUCCGUUGGAUCGUGAGAGCCUUUCUAUGAAAAUUUGGCAGAGCAAUUUCUCCGCAUACACGCCAAAGGAUCCCGAUUUCAUGCGGACCUUCUUGAUGGAGCCCGCACAUUCGCUCGACCAUCUCAAGGCUCAGUUUGACAAGGUUGUGGAUGACGUUUACAGGUUCAGCGAGAUUGAAAACCGCCUGCUUGUUGCAGCUGCGCGAUCCUUGCCUCGGACAUCGCUCGCGUCCAAGGCGCAGCUGUUUAGCGGGCAGGUUGAUCUUCAACCGCUCAGCACAAAGCAUUUUGGCGUCGAGUUCUACGAAUGCCCCCUGAACUCGGGUCCCGUCGGCACUCAGCUUGCGCACCCACUGACAGAUGCA